GUCCCGUUGGGACCCAAUGAGAUGAUAGUGUCAGCGUUCCAAAAGCCACAGUAGAGUUCAGUGUUCAGGUCCAGUGCAUGACGCAUGUAAAGCAUACGUAUAUGAUGGGUAUCAUGAUGUUAUUGUGAUUCAGAGAAGAGAAUACGGUUCAGGUUUCAGGUUAUGAAACUAUUCGGCCAAUUCGGCUGACAAUUUACGUUGCCACAUAACGUUGUUUUGGACGUGUGAUAUUGUUUUGCAUUCGUUUAGAUUGAAUUUCUAAUAUGCCAAAAGUUGUUUCAAGGAGCAUAAUAUGUUCCGACACGAAAGACCAAGAAGAAUACAGCGAGGAAAAACCUUUGCACAUAUAUUACUGCUUAUGUGGUCAAAUGACACUUAUAUUAGAUUGUGAUAUUGAAAAGUUACCCCUGAGGAAAAGGGACGGCGCAAGAGUGAUAGAUGGAAGCAAACACGCGCAUAAAAUGACCUGCGAACGAGACGAAACAGUCUAUUUGAAGCGACACGAGGGAAUUGAACGGCAACACAGACAAAAGUGCAAAAAAUGUGGUCUUUUAUUGUAUUACAAACAUGAGCCUGGCUCCAACAUAGUCUUCAUAGUUAAAGGAUCAGUAAUCAAGAGUUCCGGAGAAGGUCCAAUGACGGAUAUUUACAAUCAAGUAGCCAUUGAAAAGCCCAAAAAAAUUAUGGUCACCAAGCAUACAAAAAAUAUGGGCAAAUUCAGUUCUGUCACAGUCUCCACUAUUGACGAAGAAGAGGAUGAAAUUGAAGCGCGCGAAGUAGCGGAUUCGUAUGCAAACAACGCCCGUAUCAUUGAAAAACAACUCGAGAGAAAAGGCAUGAACAAACGGAAACCAAAUAUGCCGGCUCCUACAGUUGAUACCAAACGAUCAAGACCCAGAGGGACUCUGUUGGAUGUUUAACUUUGUCCCGACAAGCCAAAUACAUUCAGCAUCUCUGUUCAUUCGUGUCAAGUUUAAAUAUAUAUUUAUUAACAUUACAUAAACUGUAAGUAUUUUUGUUUUUCUGUUUAUAUAUAAAUGACUAGAUACAAAUAUUGUUGCAUAAAAAUGUACAUUGCAAAAAAUAUCAAGAUAUUUUCAAAUAAAUAUAAUAGCUACUUACAAUUUGCGGUAAAACUUAUGGCAAAUUGUUUUCGUCAAUCGCCUCAAUCGUCAAACGAGACUCACCGUACAUGCCCGCAUGAUAAGUGUGACGAUACGCGGCAGAGCCGCCAUCGCAAAAUGACAACUGUUUCUUGGUUAAUUAACGCAAGCUGUCACAACUCUACUUUUUCUGUCUCUCUCUCUCUCUCUCUCUCAUGCACACACACUCACACAGACCCGCGCGCACGAAUAUUUUGCUGCUCAGCCGAACAAAUAUGUGCUAAAAUUAGUUAAUAUGGCAUUGCUCGCGGUUUAGGUAUCAUUUGUCCAAGAGAAUGAAAAUUGCUUCAUUCCGUUGCUGGGCCUACGUCUCGAUAAAUAUGCAUAUUUUCUUUUCAGACGGAUAAACUAUCGAUAACAACGAGAAAUAAAUGGCGAAUAACUGGCCGUAUUAGCGGGACCUACCUACCAACUGUAUCUCGUUGGGUAUACAGGCUACAACAACUACACUUGACACGUGGAACAACUAUUAUGACAGUUUUUCAUAUAUCAAUGUAUAUUCGGAAUUGAGAUACCAGAGAAGACAUUUCUUGAAUCGCUUUAA